UCUGUAGUCUUUGCCUGUAAGCGCUGCAGGCUCCAGACAGAGACAAGUCAACCCGCUUUCUCCUCUGCACCGUCACCGUGACUGCACUGCACCCUCUAGAGAUGGUAUCGUUUCAGGUUUUACGUCGUCUGGGCGUGUUUGCUCUCACUAAACCGGUUUGCCAUGGUAGAAUUUUGUCAGCAUGUGGACUCAAGACAUCCAACAUCAAUCACAGUCACGGACAACCUGGUGCAGUGUCUGUUGUGACCUACGAACAGCUCAAAGCCAUGCUGGCCAAUCACAGCGUGCAGCUAUUUGACGUCAGGAACCCAGAUGAAGUUCAGGCUGGUCGCAUCCCAGAUUCUGUCAACAUUCCAUUAGGAGAGCUGGAGGUGUCUCUGAAGCUGCCAGCACAAAAGUUUGAAGAGCAGUUUAAAGUGAAAGCCCCCCAAAAAACAGACGAUAACAUAGUUUUUCAUUGUCGAAGUGGGAAGAGGAGUUUGACUGCUCUCGAAACUGCUCAUCGUCUGGGAUUCUCUAAGGCACGGCAUUAUGCAGGAGGAUACAUUGAUUGGGAAGAGCGUGAGAAGAAUUGAGCAACAUUAAUUCAAUUUGCUGUAAAAUUCAUAGUAUUUCAGAGCAAUAAUCUGGAAAUAGAAGAUAGAAUUAAAUAUUCACACUUGAUUAAAACAGUGAAGUUCCAUUUGUUAAAAUUAACCUUAAAGUGACAAUGAAAGAAUUCUUAUUUAUUAAUAUUUGUUAAUGCUAAUUUAAAAGUUGCAUCUGCUAGUAUUGUUUAAUUGACCCGAGGGAACAUGAACCAUGAAUAAUUACUAUUUUUAUGAAAAAACUUUCAAAUAUUGUUAGAUAAAGUUAGUUUAAUAUAGGGAACUCAUUGUAAAGUGUGACCAUUUUUCAUAUUUUGCAAAGAUGUGAACACCGUGCUAUUUUUAUACAACUUUUAAUGACUCAUCAAUUAUUAGAAUAUGGAUCAUAAUGGAUGGAUGAAGUCUUGUUCAGAUAAGUACUUGAAAUAAUGAAAUGUGAACAGUAAUACGUUUCAAAUGUGUUUACAAAUGUGAAAAAAAUAAAGGGCUCUGGACAUUG